AUGCCAUUUCUAGGACAGGACUGGAGGUCGCCUGGGCAGACCUGGGUUAAAACUGAAGAAGGUUGGAAAAAGUAUUCGGACGAAAAGAACAAUAAUGUUACAGAACUAAAAGGCUGCUGUAAAGAUGAGGAGCUGUACAAAGAAAACAUGUUUCUGGCCAUGAACUAUGAUGUGGCAGCAAAGAAACGCAAGAAAGACCUCCUGAACAACAGCACCAAGGUUCCUUAUUUCCACAAAGACAAAUGGAUCUACGUCCACAAAGGAAGUACCAAGGAGCGCCAUGGAUACUGCACUCUCGGGGAGGCCUUCAACCGCCUGGACUUCUCCAGCGCCAUCAUGGACUCGAGACGAUUCAACUACGUCGUCAGGCUGCUGGAGCUGAUUGCCAAGUCCCAGCUGCCGUCCCUGAGUGGUGUGGCGCAGAAGAACUACAUGAACAUUCUAGAAAAAGUGGUGCAGAAAGUGCUGGAGAACCAGCUGAACGUGCGGCCCAUCAGGGAGCUCCUGCAGACACUCUACGUGUCCCUCUGCAGCCUGGUGCAGGACAUGGGCAAGUCAGUGCUGGUGGGUAACAUCAACAUCUGGGUCCACCGUAUGGAGAACAUCCUGCUUUGGCAACAACAGCUGGACAACAUCCAGAUCAACCGGCCAGCAUCCAAAGGCAUGACGCUGACCGACCUGCCAGUUAGCCUGCAGCUCAACAUCAUGCAGAUGCUGUCAGAUGGGCGGGACCUGGUCAGCCUGGGUCAGGUGUCCCCAGACCUUAACGACCUCGCCGAGGACCGUUUGCUGUGGAAGAAGCUGUGCCAGUAUCACUUCACCGAGCGACAGAUUCGCAAGCGUCUGAUUCUGACCGACAAUGGCCAUUUGGAUUGGAAGAAGAUGUACUUCAAACUCUGCAGAUGUUACCCUCGUAAGGAGCAGUACAGCGACACUCUGCAGUUCUGUACCCACUGUCACAUCCUCUUUUGGAAGGACACAAACCACCCCUGCACUGCCAACAACACGGAGAGCUGCUGCAUCGCUGUGUCCCCCCAAGGUUUCAUCAACCUCUUCAAAUACUGAGGGGGGGGAGGGGCUUAUGACACUCUGUACAUAGUAUUCAUAGUGCAAUUGAUUCCUGAAUGCCUUGAGAUUUGGGAUUUCAUUUCGGGAGGAGGGAGGGGUGAGAGGCAGGGCUGAGGGGAAAAGGGGAGGGAGGGGGUGACUCAGCAAAGGGGGUGGGGUCAAUGUGACAGAUGGAUAAAUGGAACGUCUGGGAUAGAAUGUGCUGGGGAGUUCUGUGGACGUUCUAGUAUGAUCCGAAGAGCUCCACAGCAAAAAAUAUGUAGAUGAACAAUUAUUUUUCUUUUUGUAAAUAUUCCGCUGUGUUUGACUGAGUUUUUCAGAUCUCUUGAGCAUAUAAACCGCUCAUUUGUUGUAACAAUGUAAGCAAAUAUCGGCUUCUUAAAGAGGAUUAUUUGAGUCGGAUGUUUUUUUCCAUGUUAAUAGUUAAUAGGAAUCGUGCGUUAAAAUCUAAUAUGUUAAUGGAGCAUUUGAAGAAUUUUCUAAGCUCUUUGCGAACAUUUUAUAGCUUUUGACCUGGGUGAUGAGACUUCAAGUGUCAAGAUAUGACUCAGGAUGUGUGUGUGUGUGUACAGAUGGACUUUAUGGUCACUGAUUUGGGAUUGUACAAUUUUUUUUGUAUAUAUAGUAUUCUUUUUUUCCACUUUUAUACAUUUUGGAGUUUAUGAUUUAUAUUUUCAAAGGCUCUUUGAAAGUGUUUGUAUAAACAUGUUUGCUCGUAUAUUCUGUGCAAUACUGCAGCAUUUUUCGAUGGUACCGGCCAAGUCGGGGUUUAGAACAUUUCACCCUCCGCGGCUCCCUCAGUGAAAGCCUGUCUAGGGAAGGAAAUGUUUUGUCUGUUUAUUCAUGGAAGCACAAAUCAAACGCUCCAGCCAAAGUGCAGAAUGUGAAGAGGCUUGAAAUACAGGCCAACACUCAUAUUUUUAUUAUCUAUUUUUUUUUCAUGGAGGUUUUUCACUGUUACAAAACUACCGAUUUGUUAUAAGCACCUGCAUGGUCAAAAUUGUAUUACUGAAAUGUUUGGGUUUUUUAUUAUAAUUUUCCUGUGUUUGACUCACAGACCAGCACUAAGGUGAAUGAGGGGAUAGGAAUGGAUGUAUCUUCAUGUGACCAUACUGAGCUAUGUGGUGCUGGGAAGAGGGUUUGUGAUUUAUUGGAUAAAUAAAUCGCUUAAUAAUAUUA